AUGGCAGAACAAAAAUCAAAUCCAGUGUGGCAGCAUUUCACAGAGCCAACACCAGGGAAAGGCAAGUGCAAUAUCUGCAAUGGACUGGUGAGCUUGGGGUCUGAAAAAGGUAAAAAGAAAAACACCACAAAUUUGUGGAGUCACCUGAGGUGCCACCACCUCCAAGCUUACAAAGAUGCACAAAAGGAAAAAGAAGAAGCAGCUGCCUCUACAGCCAACGUAUCUCAGCCAACUGUAAUGGACAUGUUUGAUGCCCAACGUAAAUGGCAGAAUUCAGAUCCCAGGUCAAAAAAACUUGACACUUUAGUUACAGAAAUGAUUGCCACAGAUAAUCAGCCGUUUUCAUUUGUCUCAGGUAUUGGUUUUCAGAGGCUGGUGGCUGCAAUGGAGCCCAGAUACAAACUAAAAACUGAGAAGCACUACCGCACUGAUGUUCUAGAUCAGGGGUAUGGUAUCAUUACGAAAGUGGAGAAGAAAAUAAAAACACUCAUUGCAGAGGAUGCUGGCCCUUUUUUGUCUUUCACAACAGACUGUUGGUCAGGGGACACUGAAGCACUGAUGAGUCUAACAUGUCAUUUCAUUGAUGACAACUGGGAAAGGAAACAAGUCAUCCUAAAUGCCAAGGCAAUGUCUGGCUCCCACACUGGGGAGUACAUCAGCAACAUGUUCAUCAGCAUGCUGAAGCACUGGGACAUCAGCCAUGACAGAGUUGUGCUAGUGCUCCGUGACAGUGGUGCUAACAUGGUAAAAGGCCUCAGACUGACAGACGUACCUGAUCUCAGCUGCAGUGCACACACUAUACAGCUUGUGGUGAACGAUGGGAUCAACAGUCAGCGAGUGGUGCUGGACGUUAAUGCCAAGUUAAAGACCAUAGCCAAACAUUUCAACCACUCCGUGCUGGCAAAGCAGCAUCUGAAAGAUAUUCAAAAAGAACUUGGACUUCCCCAGCACAGUCUCAUUCAGUCUGAACCCACUCGCUGGAACUCAACACUCCACAUGAUGCAGAGGAUGCUGGAGCAGAAACGCGCUGUGAACAUCUAUGCUGGAGAAUAUGGAAAAUUUGCUACUCCAACAGCAGAUCAAUGGGACAUCAUUGCCAAUUUGAUUGACACACUGGAACCAGUUGAGGAAGUUACCCUCGAGAUCAGCAGGUCAGAGGCUUCCAUCUCCAGUGUCAUCCCAAGCAUUGCAGUGCUGAAAAUGUUGCUUCAGUCAGAGGGUCCUAACACAAGGGGCAUAAAAACUCUGAGGGAGACGAUGCUGCAAAGUUUGGAGAAAAGGUUCGCAAAAAUCGAGGAGACCAAAUGUUUGGUUUUAGCAACGCUGCUGGAUCCUCGCUACAAGAAUCAUGUCUUUGCCAUGGACACACUGGCCAAGGCAAAACAGUGGAUUAAAGAAGAGCAUGCCAUUGUGUCUGAGCAACUGAACAUAGCCACCACGGAAGACCAAGGACCAGAUCCGAAACAGAGAAGGGUGGGAGAGGAAGAAUCACCUGGUGCCUCCAGUGCUCUCGAACAGAUGUAUGCCAACAUCUUAGGGCCUCAUGGAAGUACUGCUGAGGAGACUGAUGAUGAGCAAAUUGAGCAUCACAUCUCUGAGCAGCUGAAGCAGUACCUCCGUGAGCCUUUGAUUGACAGACAGACUGGUCAGCCACUGGAAUGGUGGAAACAGAACACAUCCCGCCUACACCUACUUGCACAACUGGCUAGAAAAUUCCUCUGUCCACCCCCAUCCUCUGUUCCUAGUGAGAGAGUUUUUAGUGUCAUUGGGAAUAUUUAUGAUGAUAAAAGAAGCAGACUAACUGGAGAACAUGCUGAACAGUUGUGUUUCCUGCAUGACAACCUACGGUUCUUAAACUGGGAGUACUGA